GUGAGAUGUGACAUCGUACAUGUGGAGAACCAAAGAUACAAAACCAAAAAAGUACAAGCAAGCCUUACUGCAUGCUUGGUUGACUUCAUCCUCAUACUAGCUAGUACCUCAUCAUCAUAGCAUCAUGGUGAGAAAGAAGCUGUUUGUGGAGGAACAGGAAGAAGGAGAGAAGGACUUGAAGACUAGUGAAGGAACACAAGGUGAAGGCGCCAUGGCAGUCUCUACUGGUAGAGAUCAACAUGUUCAAGAUCAACAUAGUAAGGAUGAACAUGACAGAAUGACACUGAGGAACAUCCGGAACAACCGCAACAGCAAGAACAGCAGUGUGACGAGCAGUAUUUCCACGAAUGCCUCUGCCACUUCUACUUCUACUACAACGAGUAAGCCGCAUGGUUUGUUCCAGAGAAGUUCCUCCGAGAGAUCUUCUUCCGUGAACAAAGGAGGUCCGCCUAUGCCACUUCGCCGAGCAUUCUUGCACCGUAGUUCCACCAGUGCGCCUACGAUUCCCAUGGGUUGGUGGCACGCCACUCCCGACUGUGAUCUCUGGAACGAACGGUACCAAAUGGCAGCCUACUUGUGCAGUGUGGGACGCUUUGGGAAACUGUACACUUGCUUUCAAGAAUCCACAGGAGACGAAUUGACCGUCAAAGUCGUACGAAAGUCACGAUGGAAUUCCUCCACCACUGCCACUACGGCAGUGACCAGUACUACACGUACUACUAGCAAGGCUAGCAGCAACAUCAGUCUGGACCAACCACGCAAACCCCACCGUGCCAGUCACUACCUGAACCAAGUACAUCCCCACAGACAUCACUUGCAAGAGUUCUCCUUGCUCAAGUCGUUUUCUCAUCCAAACAUUUUGCGCUUACGAGACGAUAUCAUCAUGGAAGACUCCCGCUUUUACUAUAUUGUCACGGAAUUCUACAAUCCCAAUACACAAUCCCUACAGGCGUUUUUGCAAACACAACUUGCCACUGGAGCUACCACUACGGAAGCUCAAGUUGCUUCCAUGCUCUAUCAAAUGAUGUCCUGUAUCAACUACAUUCAUCAACGACACGUGGUUCAUUGCAAUCUCAAAUUGGACACUUUUAUUGUCACAAAAGUAGCACAACAACAACCACCAUCAGAUCAACCACAACAAUACAAGGUCCAGUUGACCGAUUUUGCCAAUGCCGUUGUGCUGGCGGAUCUUACGGACGAUCACACAUCCGCCGUCUUGUCGCGAUUACGGCUCAUGGAACCACGAGGCGCUAUACGAUACAUGGCGCCAGAAGUCGUCGCCAUUGACAAGAGUUACGGACCCAAAUGCGAUGUCUGGUCAUUAGGAAUCAUUGCUCACGUCUUAUUGACAAAUCAAUUCCCACUCGAUGGCAGUACAUUCGCCGAAGUCAAGGAACGCGUUCUCUCUAUUCAAUCCCAAGACCAUUGGUUGCUCCAAGCCUUUUGCACAUGGCCCGCAUGGCAAGCGUGCAGCAAUGAAGGAAAACAUUUCGUCGAUCGAUUACUGGCGCCACUCGAACUCGAACGACCGACACCCGAACAGGCAUUGCAACAUCCAUGGUUGCAACCGUAUUGGGCAUUUUCUUCGGAACGCACUGCUAGUUCUACUGCUUCCACUGAAAGUACUGACAGCAAUACACUGGACCGCACGAAUAUUCGUUCCGAACACGACAUGAUUGAAGAAGACGACUCGGAUGUCAUGAUGGGAGGACCACCCUUGUUGCGACUUCAAACCACCAGUGACAGUAUUGAUUCACUCCGACAACAAUUGACAUCGGGCAGUAGUGGAUUGACAUCGGGCAGUAGUGGAUUUUUCAGUGCCAGCGGCACGAGUCAACCACCACUCCACGUCAUUCAAGAAAUGACACACCAAAGUGACAACAAUAAUAAGCAAAAGGAACGAUUGCAACAACGAGCGGCCAUUGACGCCUUUGUUCAAGCACACACUCAAAUUCGAAACGAAUGGAAUCGGACCCAGGCGGUACUCCUCGAAACACACAAUCUCAGUUUAUUGGAAGACACGUCACUGUCUCGAGACGAUGUGCGAGCGGCGUACCGUGUCCUGUUUCAUCACAGUAUUGAUCUUUCCGACGACGAUUUGGAUCGGGUCUUUGGCGAAUUUGAUGCUGCCGCCACCGGGUCAUUGCAAGGAUUGGAUUUCUUUGUCGCUGUCCUCAAUGAAAAGGAAUUGCUAUUUACGCAUGCCCUACAGGAAGCCUUUGAAGUAUUUGAUACCAAUCACAGUGGAUUGGUCACCUGUAGCGACUUGAUGGAUGGAUUGCAGGCGUACAUUGCGGCGGCGAACACAACAACCCGCACACAAGUGGUGCAAGAUUUACUCGCACAAGUCGAAUCGGACGCACAGGAAUACGAAAAGAAUGUCGUGGCUGUGGAAGAAUUGGUCGCCAUGAUUUUGGAAACGGCCAUUCCCAAAUCGGGGCGGCCAAGUACCGUCACCAAUAAUGCUGCGACGAGUCCCUUGUCACUACAAUCCUCCUCGGAAAAUAAUAUCAAUUUCGAAUCAACACCACCACAACAAGUAAUACAACCAUCACCAUCUGGGGAAUCGUCGCUCAGCACCGACAGCAGGCUCUCCCGUCGUCGAUCGUCGCUCAUGGAUCGAUUGAGUUUAAAAUUCAGUGCCAAACAUUUUAUUGCACAACGACCGGGACGACUCAGUCAUCAUUACGAAUUGCUCGAGUUUGUCAACGAAGGUGGCUGUGGGGCCGUCUGGUUUUGUCGGCACAAGGAAACGGGAGCCGAACGCGCCGUCAAACUGGUGCGCAAGGCCCAAAAGGACGUGGAAUACAAUCGACGCAUCUUGGACGAGUUUACCAUCCUGCGAGAAUUGGAUCAUCCCAAUAUCUUGAAGCAGUUUGAACUGUUUGAAGACCCCAACUUUUUCUACAUUGUAAUGGAUGCAGCCCAUGGUGGAGAUUUGUGUGAUGAACUGGAUGAAUUUGGAGCCUUUGUCGAACACGCAGCAGCAUUGCUCAUGAAACAAUUGCUCAGUUGCAUCAAUUAUUUGCACAGCCUGGAUAUCGUGCACUGUGAUCUCAAGCCCGAAAACUUGUUACUCGAAGCCAACAAAGAACUAAGUCAGAUCAAAGUCAUCGAUUUUGGUUUCGCUGCGAACAUCAAAAAGGCACCUAAUCAAAGGCUGACGCGGCGGUGGGGCACAAUCCACUAUUCCGCACCUGAAGUCUUCGCCGGAAACUAUGGAAAGAAGGCGGACAUGUGGUCAGCAGGUGUGAUUAGCUUCCUGUUACUAUCCGACGAGUUUCCGUUCCAUGGGGAGGGCAAGCAAGAGAUCAUGGCGAUGGUUCUAAGUGGAAAAUUCUCGUUGGAUGGACCGCAUUGGGCUCACGUCUCCGAGAUGGCCAAGGAUUUUGUUGCGAAACUUUUGACAGUGGAUGAAGACAAGCGCCUAUCAGCCGAAGAAGCGCUUCAACAUCCUUGGAUCCGCUCUGCAACUCAACAGACAGUGGCCGCGAUGAAACCGGGCGAUCAUGAUGCAAUGACCAAAGCGCUUUCCAAUCUGGUGAAGUUCUCAGCCAACAGCAAGCUAAAGCAGGCCUCUCUCUCUCUGAUUUCUUCCCAGCUGCUAGAAAAAAAGGAGAAAGAAGCCAUUGAUGCUGUAUUCCGUAGACUUGAUGUGACAUGCAACGGCAGACUAAGCAGAACUGAAAUCAGGUUGGCAUUGAAAAACUUCUUGGGUACAGACCUUAGUGAUCAAGCGGUGGAUGACGUGUUCGAGCGCGUGGACGUGGCAUCGACGGGUUACAUCGAGUACAGCGAGUUCGUUGUAGCCGCCAUGAACGAGGACGACUUCCUCAAGAGCGGAAAGUACAAACGAGCUUUUGAUGUGUGGGACGUCAACAAAACGGGCUUCAUUACCAUGGACAACUUGAAAGUCGCUUUGUCCAAUUUCCUGACCGGAGAUGAAGCCACCGACGCCGCCAUCGUAUCCAAAAUAAUCAACGAAGUCGAUGCUGAUCACGAUGGUCUGAUCUCCUUCGAUGAAUUCGUUGCGGAUAUGACCAGCAAAAAUGCUGAUACAUCGAAAAGUCGACAACAAGCCUCUAAAGCGACCAGAAAGACUGGCUUCCUCAAUUUCGCCACGUCUGUACUUUUCAUUGGCAUGCUGCUGUUGACGAUGGUUGACUCAUUUUCGUUGGGGCCAAGUGGCAACACCGCGCGAAGGUAUCGGAAAUGGCAGACUCGUGAAAUCAAAAGGAUAUGGAGUCCCACACCAAAGUCACUUGAACGAUAUUCAAAUAUGGCCACAUCAGUCCAACUGGAAAACGGAUCGGAAUCAUCAUCGAGGUCUGCAGACCAAAGCGGCAUUUGUCACAGCCAGCAAACUCUGAAUCCUGAUCAAAUAUUCUUCCCACGCAUGGCAUCGCUCUUCGAGGCAAGUGAACGAGACAGGGAAUCUCCUUUGUUGACUGGUGUGCCUUUGUUUGAGGCACUAAAUCGUCUCGAAAAGGCCCUGCAAGUCCUCGCAAACGCUAAUCGGGGUGAACUCCAGUCGAUUUUGGGAGACUUGGCAGCUUUCGGUACCGAAGAAUCAGUGGGCACGCAAACUCUAAGAAUUGAACAGACCGUGUCCCAUUCUGUGGACCCUCUUGGGUGGCUGUAUGCACAAAACAAACGCCAGCUCUAUUUGGAGCCUGGCCAGAAAGAUCCUUUGUUCUAUAUUCAGUCAACUGUCGAAGCUGCGGUGUUUGGGACGGCAUGGACAUGGGUUGAACCUACAAAGGGCCGUCCAGAAUUCUGGGCAACAGUUAACUCUCUCCCCAAAGACUCGUAUCUCUAUGGAGGGGAACGAUUCGACGUAGAGUCCCUCGACGAAGAUCGUGUUGACUGGAAAGACUUUGGGGCGACCUGGUGGGUUUUGCCAGCCGUGGAGCUUCGAGAAGAGCCAAUGGAGCAAGUCAUACGGACAACUGACGCUCCCGCGAACAAGCGAAAGCAAACCACUUUGGCCGUCCACUUGGCUGUUGAUGGCGGCGCUUCUAGUGACCCGGCGACAGCAUGGCAAGAUGCGGCUCGUCGAUCGCUUCAAAUCCUGAAACGGUUGAACGAUGCUGUCAUGGACAACCAAGUUCCGGCAACCACGUUGCCCCCGGUUAUCAUGCGAGAGUCUUGCUAUAAUGGCACCGAUGGGCAGGAACUAUACGAGCAAGGAGUAACUGCCGCCUUGGAGGAAUUUGGGAAGAGUGAGUCUGGUCUCAAAAAGGUGGUUUUAGCUCGACGCAUGGACUUGCUUUUUCAAUCCCAGUUGUCAGCAUUGGAUAUCCUGCGCAAGUGGAAGUACAACGACAUUCAUGAAGGUGGCAACCUGUUCUAUAUUCGUCCGUUGGGAAGCGAGGAGUUCUUUGGGUGUACACCCGAACGGCUGUUCACAAUUCAGAAAAAUUCCAACGUCGUCCUAACCGAAGCCCUAGCCGGAACGAGACCACGAGGGACAACUCAGGCCGCCGACGACGAGCUUCUUCGCGAUCUCUUCGGGUCAACGAAAGAUCGCAGCGAAAACAGCAUCACGGCCGACUUUAUUCGAAGCGUCUUCGCAGAAUUAGCCAAAUUUGGAUGGGUAAGAGAAACGGAUGUGAUGCUGCCGCAACGGUCGUCGCUCGACAAUGGCGAUAGCUCUGUGGAUAGGGCGAAUCCGGUAAACCAGACGACGGCAGGAAUGACCGCAGCUAGCGGCACUGGUUAUUUCGUUCGGCGGCUGCGGCACUUACAGCACAUUUGCCAACGUUUUUCUGCGCGCCUGGCUGAGACCUCGGACUUUGACAACACUGGAGCUUCCGUACUGGUAAAUGUCGUUCAACACUUGCUGGCUAAUCUGCACCCAACACCGGCUGUCAAUGGCUUCCCCUCUGCGCCUGCGAUGGCCUUCAUACGCGAGAAGGAAACUGUUGGGUUUGACCGCGGUUUCUACUCUGGCCCAGUAGGUUACAUGGGACGAAAUGCAGCCGAUAUUUUGGUUGCAAUCCGAUCGGGCUUGGCAUCUCCAACGAAAAGCAUCUCCAGCCCCGAUGGUAUGUACGCGGGCAAUGGAGAUUUGACAGGCUACGGUCCAACCACGAAGAUUUCAGCAUAUGCUGGAGCAGGUCUUGUGCCGGGGUCAACGGUUCAGGGAGAAUGGGCAGAAACUUCGUACAAGCUUGGUGUUGUCUCGUCGCUCUUCCCGCAGUCCCCGAUUACUCUGCAAAGCGCACCAACCCCCAAUGUUGCUUGGGCGAGUGCUUUCGUUGAGGAGCUGAUUCGCAACGGAAUCACUCAAUUCUAUGUCUGCCCCGGUUCGCGAUCGACUCCUUUGGUGGUAGCAAUCUCCAGAGCAGCGCGAUCCAACGUUGGCGUCGUAAAUGCAGUAAGUGUGCACGACGAACGCGGCGCGGGAUUCCGAGCCAUAGGAUACGCACGUGGGGCAAACAGACCAGCGGCAAUCAUCACUUCCAGCGGUACUGCCAUUGCCAAUCUCUAUCCUGCGGUCGUCGAGGCAGGUAUGGACGGCGUCCCCAUGGUCAUUCUAACGGCUGAUCGACCGUACGAGAAUCGAGACACUGGAGCCAACCAAGCCAUCGAUCAAGUCAAGGCGUACUCUGCCUCUUACGUGAGGUGGUUUCGUGACAUUUUGCCACCUCAUGACGACGUGCCUGUUUCCGUGGCGUUGGCUGAUGCAGGACACGCAGUCGAAAUAUCAAAGAGCCAAAGAGGUCCAGUGCACGUCAAUAUACAGUUCCGUGAAAAUCUUGCGCCCGACGUAGGGCCUCUCCGAAACGAUAACCGUGUUGAUUCUGUCACCAAAUUCAAUGGGGUCCGAUUCACGGACGUACCGGGCUUCGCACGAUGGUCCACAAGCGGUGAUCGUUGGCUAACGUCCUAUGCCAUGUCCUCUGGCAACUACGGCGGAAUGGGUACUUCUCAUGCAGCUGUCGUUGAUCUUGCACGCCUGAUUAUGGAAUCAGAACGUGGUAUCAUUGUCAUUGGCAACAUUCGGCGGCCAACAGACGAAGACUCGAUGGAUUCAGUCGAAGCCAUGUAUGAUAACAUCAGCACCUUUGCAGAGACCAUCGGAUUUCCAAUUGUGGCAGGUGCACAAAACGCCCAUUUGCGAUUUUCGAGCUCUGCUGUCAUUCCCUUUGCGGAGCACAUCCUCAAGAACCCAAAAGUAGCGCAAAACAUCAAGCCGGACCUCAUCAUACAGAUAGGGGCUCCUUUGGUUUCAGCUGAAGUGCCCAGCAUGAUUUCCAACGCCUUGCGGACUGGUGGUUCCUCUGCCUGCCACGUCUUGAUACAUCCCCAUCACGGCACCGAACGUGCGGACCCCAGUUUUACUGUGUCAAGGAAGAUAUCUGCAGAAAUCUCUCCUUUCUUGAAGGUCCUUUCGAAUCAUCUCGACAAAUCUGAACUUAGCAAAAGAGGCUGCGGCAGCAAGCUCGCUCCUUUGGUUUUGCUGGGACGAAAGCUGCAGCGAGAAAUGCCGAAGAUCAUCAAUGAGGCUUCGAGAUCAGUUUCAAAGGACGACCUAGAUUCUUCACUGACUGAACCUCAAGUUGUACUAGCUCUAUCAAUGAUGAUGUCCAACAGCAUCAUCGACCAAUCACUUUUCUUGUCCAAUUCCAUGCCCAUCAGGGAUGCUGAAUUCUUCCUGUACCCAACGGGAACCACUGAUAACGCUAGCGAUAGAGGAGUCCUUUCCGUUGGCAGCAACAGAGGUGCCAGCGGAAUUGAUGGAAUCAUUGCAUCGGCUACUGGUUUUGCCGAGUCAACGGGUGUGGCGACUACGCUGUUGAUCGGCGACUUGUCCGCCCUUCACGACCUCAACUCGCUCCAUGCUCUGUCCAGUGGCACAACCAGUGCAAAGAAGCCUCUUACUAUACUGUUGGUGAACAACGAUGGCGGGGGAAUCUUCUCAUUCUUGCCAAUAGCAAAGCAUGGAGCAGAUGUUUCCUUCAACGAUUUUUUUGGGACACCGACAAGCUCAUUCUCUUUCGAGGAUGGCGCCGAUGCGUUCGGUCUUCCGAGCCAGCAAGCAUCGCGGCUUGAUUCGUUCUGUCGAGCGUAUGCCGAAGCCAUAAGGUCUGACCAAUCGUCGCUCAUUGAGGCUCGAGUAGUUGGGAGAGAAAAGAAUGUUGCGGUUCAUCGACGGAUAACCCAGAAAGUGAACGCAUUCGUCGCGAGUUUUCUGGUCGAAGACGGCACUGAAGAAAGCGGGGAACCAAUGCCUGUCAAGUAUUACAGCCGACCAGAGGAGCAUACCAACGGAGCAUCUCCCUCGGAUGAAGAAGUGAACGGAGAAGAUAGGAAGACUCUUGUGCUCAUCCAUGGGUGGAUGGGCGACAAAACAGAGUGGGACGACGUUGGCGAAGCUCUCCGGGAUAAGCUUGAUGGCUGGGAUAUCUUGGCUGUGGAUCUUCCAGGCCACGGCGCAUCUGCUAGGCUGUACUCGUCGGACACUCAGGCUGUAAGGUCGGCUCUGAACAUUGAUUUCAACGAGGUUGACGAACGCCUGUCAGUCGAUGAGAUGGCUAAGUCGGUGAUCAUGUCUCUGUCCAAAGAUUUUGGUGUCACGAGGAUUGAUGCCCUAGCAGGAUACAGCUUGGGCGGAAGAGUUGCUCUGGCUAUGAAGCGCUUGUGCUCCUUGGCUGCUGGCGCCACACCGUCUCUGGUGAAGGAAAACACAAAGCUUGUACUGCUGAGUGCUUUUCCUGGUCAGUUACCUCAACCUGAUGGGGAACUCGCUUCGAUCACACCCAAGGAAGAUAUGCUUCGUUUGUCAAACGACGAAAGGUUGGCAGGGCAGCUCGCAGCAACUUGGAACCGUGGAUGUCUUGGAGCAUCGUCAGGCAGCAAUCUACUAUGGUCUGAUUUUCUGAAGAAGUGGUACUCAAUGCCGAUGUGGGGCGAUCUUUACACGAGCGGGAAAAGCUUCGAGCUGAUGGCUGCGAAGCGGCUGCGCACUUUGUCGUACAGGGGAGUUGACCUUGCAGAAGUUCUUCGCAAGAGCUCCCCGCCUCGCCAUAGCAAAGAGGACUGGAGAGGAGUGCAACCUGAAAGCACUCUGUACGUCGCUGGAGGACGAGAUACGAAGUAUACUGAGCUGGGACAGCGCUGGAGUCAUCUUGGAAUUUCCUUCGUCGAAGUGCCAGAUGCCGGCCAUGCACUUUUAGUGGAAGCCUCUGAGACUGUGGCUACCUCAUUGCGUAACUUUAUCCUUAGCGAGGACAUCCUCAAGAACGAGCCUCCUCGAAAAAGCCGCUUGCCUCCACUAUUCGGAAGAAGAGGCAGAAAAGAUGGAGCAGAGUCAAGGCAGCUUCAGAAUCAAGUCGUGGAGUCAACCUUCCAGGCUCCGAUGGCAAAUCUAACGGAAGCCGUCUCAUCGCUUGAGUAUGACCCGUUUGUCAUCAAUACGGUGGAUGAAAACCGAAAACAGAGAGGCGUACUCGGUAUCGGCUGGGGCGACAAAGCUAAACGGUCAAGCCAAAUGACCAAUCGAUCUGGUUUCAUACUGCAGAUUGUGGGUUCCGAUGGGUCAAAAGUUGGUGUCGGUGAGGUCAGUCCUUUGCCGGGUCUGCACAAGGAGACCUUGGCCGAAGCAGAAACUCAGCUGGGCAAAUUGAAGCACUAUCUGGAAAAUGAAGACGGAACCAAGACUCAGUUUGAAGUCGCAUCGGUUUUGGCAAUGGAUGGCGAACUGAAACCCUUCAUCGACGAGCUGGCUCGAGAUGCUGGUGUGACGCAGCUAACAUCCUCAGUACGGGCGGGAUUGGAAAUGGCACUGCUCUCCUUGGCAUCCCAGGUGGUUCAAAACCCAGUACACCAGGCGCUUGUUUCGUUUGCGCCUGAGCAUAGUCGAGCUUCGACAUUGAAUGCCAUGCUCCCCGUGAACGGUCUUAUCACGAGGGGAUCCGCAUACACCAGUGCUCUGCAAGAAAAGGCAAGGAGAAUGUUUCCGUCAUUGAAGGUCAAAGUAGGCCACCAAGGUGCUGUCGAUGAUGCAGCGUCGUUGGCUCAAACUCUGAAGCAGAGCCAAGAAUAUCGAGGACCAACCAGCGGCACAAUAAGGGCCGAUGCAAACAGGGCUUGGACCGAGGAGACCGCAAUGGAAUUCGUAACUGCUCUCCAGAGCACAGAUGCGAGAGCGCUAGGUCGCCUGGAAUUCGUGGAAGAGCCAUUGCAACGGCAAGACACUCAUGGUUGGUCCCUUGAGAAUCAAGUCUCUGCAUUGGAACAGUGGUACAUGCAAACUGGUAUCCCCUGGGCCCUUGACGAGUCUUUUGAUGACCUCGCACAGCAACACAGCUAUCGAAUAUCAUCCAUGAAGGAGGAAAUAGUGAAGUCUUUUGGAAAAGGCAAUCGUGGUUGUGCUGCGUUUGUUCUGAAACCUUCCCUCCUUGGCCUUGAGCUAACCCUUCAAAUCGCUCGGUUGGCCCGCAACGAGCUGGGCAUUGGGGUUACAAUCUCCUCUUCUUUCGAUUCGGGGAUUGGACUUGCUUAUGCGGCAAUUCUGGGUGCUGUUUCGGACGCUACAGGCGAUGCCAAGCGGUUCUCUCAUGGUGUAGGAACGUUUGCAAUGUUGGACGGCGACACUCUUCGUCCUUCUUUUGCUUCCUAUGUGAAUGAGAACGGUUUUCUCAACGUGUUGUCUUUGAGUCGAGCACUAAAUGGUUUGGGGUUGGAUGAGCUCAGAGACUCGUUUGUUUUCUUUGAGCUACCCGCGGAAGAUUCGCCCACGCUCUUCUCGUCGCCCUCUAUACCAGAACCAAACCAAGUAACAACACCCCAAGGUGCUGACGACUACGAAGCAUCGACGGCGACCAGCAGCAGUGGCCGGGAAGUCAAGUUGGUUGCUUCCUUGCCACUUCCCUUCUCUGCUGAGAUUGGAUGUGCUCGUUUUACAGAUUUUCCUCAACAGUCGCGAUGGUCGCCUUGGGUUCAGUCUGUGCGUUACCUGGAUGAUGGCAGAGAAACAGAAUGGACUCUGAAUGUUCGAGGUGUGCAAUUCACGUGGCGCGCCAUCAGCAAACCACUUCAGCCUCCGCUGAAGGGGAUCGAGUGGGAGUCUGUAUCAGGAUUGAAGAACAGAGGACUUGUCGAGUUUUCGGAAACCGGGGACACCGCCAUCAUGAGAGUACGUAUGUCCAUCAUGUUGCCUCGAAUCUUGGCAACAAUCUUCCAAAGCACCUCUGUAUUUGUGGAAGACUUUUUGGAGGAUAAAUUGUUGAAGUGGUCCUUGGAGAUGUUUCGUGAUGUUGUGAAGGGCGACAUUGCCCUAGAGCGCGGGGAUGUGGAGCUUGGUGACGCUCUAUUUGGUUCCGUGGAAGGAAAGGCAACCGCCAUUCAAGCUGCACUAUCGCUAUCGCUGCCUAACCUCGACGAAAACGAAGAAUGCUCCACUGACGAGACCAAUAGGAACAAGGCAUGAGUCUGACUUAGGUGCAUUGUACGUUUCUGCAGUCGUCGUGAAGUUGCCAUUUGCACCGUUUUUGCAGUGUCUGUGGUGCCACCAGCCUGGGUGCCGUGAACCGUGAACCCCCGCUGU